AAGUUAUAUUUGCAUCAUCUUGAAAAUGAGAUAUUUUUUUAUACAGUAAAGGAAAAAAAGAAAACAAAAGGCAGAUAGAGGAAGUGAGGAUGUAUGAUAUGUACUUAUAUAAACUGGAGGAAUAAUAAUUGUUUGCAGCAUUUUGUAAAUAUAGAGGGUUGCCAGAUUCACUUGCCUUCUUGCCUCCCCUUCUAGCCCCUCCCUAUGUUUAUUCCACCCUGCUUUUUCCUGCCACCUCAUCUGUGAGCACUACCUCACCUGUGUCAGCUGAACACCUGUGACUAGCAUCUUUCUCUCCCACUCUCUCUCUAGCUAUCUCAGACCUAAUAUGUCAGGUGAAGGAACACUGGCCAACUUUAGUCUGACUGUAGAUUACUUCAUAGUGCCUGUGAUUGGUAAGGUAUUCAUCAUGGAGGCACUCAUCUAUGGAUCCUUCACAGUCCUUGCCUUGGUGGCUUUGGUGUUCCAUGUGUUUGCCUUGAAAACAAAAAGCCAAAUCUCUUCAGCAAAUAAUCCACACUUCAAGAGAUUUCAACAUUCAUUCUUCCUGGUAUACUUCAUGGCACUGUUCUCGGACUGGCUGCAAGGACCUUAUGUGUACAAGCUCUAUCAGCACUAUGGAUAUGCUAGCAACCAGAUUGCUCUAUUAUAUGUGGUUGGUUUUGCUAGUAGUGUAAUAUUUGGGACAACUACAGGACCCCUGGCAGAUCGGUUUGGUAGAAAGAAAAUGGCCUUGACAUUUUGUGUGAUGUAUUCAUUUUGUUGUCUCACGAAACUUAGUUCACAGUUCUUUUGGCUGUUUUUGGGUCGUGUAUUUGGUGGCAUCUCAACUUCCAUGUUGUUCUCUACUUUUGAGUCAUGGUAUGUAUAUGAACACACAGAAACACAUGAUUUCCCCAGUGAAUGGCUAACUGUGACAUUCUCCAAAGCUACUUUUUGGAAUGGCGUGCUUGCCAUCAAUGCUGGGGUAUUUUCAAAUAUAUUUGCUGAAUCUUUGGGAUAUGGACCAGUAUCUCCAUUCAUGCUAUCAAUUCCAUUUUUAAUGAUGGCUGGCCUGAUCAUCUUGAAGACCUGGAAGGAGAACUACGGGAACCAGAGUCUCAACUUACGUCGCUCAUGCAUGGAUGGUCUGAGGUCCAUCCUAUUCAAUGAAACUAUCCUCUACUUGGGUAUUGUUCAGUCCCUAUUUGAGGCCAAUAUGUACAUUUUUGUGUUUCAGUGGACCCCUGUGUUAGGUGGAGCUAACCCUCCCUUGGGUAUGGUAUUUGCCAGCUUUAUGGUUUGUAUCAUGAUAGGUUCUUCCCUCUACUCUAUUAUGCUAGCCAAAAAGUUCACUUCAGAACAGUUGUUGGUGUUUGCUGUGAUAUUGGCCACUGUUGCCAUGACCAUUUGCAUUUAUUCAACUGGCGAAGGUUACCUGUAUCUCUCUUUCUUGGCCUUUCUUAUCCUAGAAAUUGGUGUGGGCAUGUACUUUCCUGCUAUUGGGUACCUGCGCUCUCAGGUCAUUCCUGAGGAGCUGCGUGCUGGCAUCAUGAACUGGUUUCGUGUACCAACCAAUGUCAUUACUUGUGCCAGUCUGCUACUGGUUCACAAUAAUACUAUAAUCAGUUCCACUCAGGCCAUGUUCACUGUCUGCACUGUUAUGUUGCUUGUGGCAAUCAUCAUCAGUAUAAGGUUUGUACGGCUUUUCAGCUCCAAUAAGACUCCAUUGCCUCAGAGUGAAGAUCAGGUGCCUUUAACCAAGGCAGAGUUAUAAAUGUCAUGCAUGUAGUUUGUAUGGUAGCUUUUGUUCUGUACAGUUUGAAUCAUUAACUAGAAUUUAUAUCAUUGUACAUUGUCAUUAUUUGACAUUUUUUGUUUACAAUUUUGUUUUGUUUUUGUAUUUUCCUGUUAUAAGGUGCACACUGUAGUAAACUUCAAUGCAGUGUCCUGUGAGCACUUGACACAUUUUUCAUUAGACAACAACUGACAAUAUCUCAUAUUAAAUUAAUAAACAAAGAAUAUGUGUAAAAGGAAGUAUCACAUCAGAUGUUGUGAUUUCAGAUUGUGUUAGGAUUACUUAGAAUAAAUUAUUUAUUUUCUGUAAAUGGUAUGUAGAAGUUUAGAG